AAUUGGAAAUGGCUUCCCCAGAACCUAAGGGCCUCGUUCCCUUCACCAGAGAGUCUCUCGAACUUAUGAAACAGCAUAUUGCUAAAAAGCACAGUGAGAAACACAAAGAAGAUUUAAAGCCAAACACUGACUUGGAAGUUGGAAAAGAGCUUCCAUCUGUUUAUGGAAAUCUUCCUCGCGGAAUGGUGUCAGAGCCAUUGGAAGAUGUGGACCCAUACUACAAGAAUAAAAAUACUUUCAUGGUAUUAAAUAAAAAGAGAACAAUCUUCAGAUUCAGUGCUACCUGGUGCACAUUGUCUCCUUUCAGUACAAUUAGAGGAACAACUAUUAAGAUUUUGGUACAUCCCUUUUUCCGACUUUUAAUUUUAAUCAGUGUCCUGAUUGACUGCAUAUUUAUGACCAUGACUGAUUUGCCAAAAUGGUGGCCAGCAUUACAGAAUACUUUGCUUGGCAUUUACACAUUUGAAAUACUUGUAAAACUCAUUGGAAGAGGCAUCUGGGCAGGACCUUUUUAUUUCUUUGGUGAUCCCUGGAACUGGCUUGAUUUCAGUGUAACUUUAUUUGAACAUAUAACAAGAUACUCACCUCUAAACUUCAUUCUACUAUUUAGAAUUACAAGAAAUUUGAGAAUUUUGAAAAUUAUUCCUUUAAACCAAGGUCUGAAGUCUUUUGUAGGGAUCCUCAUCCAUUGCUUGAAGAAACUUACUGGAGUCAUUAUCCUAACUCUGUUUUUUCUGAGCGUGUUUUCUCUAAUUGGGAUGGGGCUCUUCAUGGGUAACCUGAAGCAUAAAUGUUUGCGAUGGCCCCGAGAAAAUGAAACUGAACCCCUGCACAACAGAACUGGUAACCCAUAUUAUAUUCGAGAAACAGAAAACUUUUAUUAUUUAGAAGGAGAAAGGUAUGCUCUCCUUUGUGGCAACAGAACAGAUGCUGGUCAGUGUCCUGAAGGGUAUGUGUGUGUAAAAGCUGGCAUAAAUCCUGAUUCUGGAUACACAAAUUUUGACAGUUUUGGCUGGGCCUUCUUUGCUCUGUUUCGGUUAAUGACACAGGAUUACCCUGAAGCACUUUAUCACCAGAUCCUUUAUGCUUCUGGGAAGGUCUACAUGAUAUUUUUUGUUGUGAUAAGUUUUUGGUUUGCCUUUUAUAUGACAAGUUUGUUCUUGGGCGCACUCGCUAUGUCCUACGAAGAAGCUGAAAAGGCUAAGAAGUUUGAACCAUUUCAGCAGACUUUAAAAGAAUUUCAAGAAGAAAAUGAAGCAGCUGAGACCAAGACCAUACAAAUAGAAAUGAAGAAAAGAUCACCACCUUCUAUGAUCACUUCUUUGGAUAUGUUGGAUGAUGCUACUAUCAGACAUAAAGAAGAACUUAAAAAAUCCAGGAAGAGAUGCUUAUUGUGUUGGUAUAAAUUUGCUAAAGCUUUUUUGAUCUGGAAUUGUUCUCCCUGUUGGUUAAAAUUGAAAGAGUUUGUCCAUAUGAUUAUAAUGAACCCAUUUACUGAUCUUAUUCUUACCAUAUGCAUAAUUCUAAACAUGUAUUUUUUGGCCUUGGAACAUUAUCCAAUGAGUGAAGAAACCAUCAGUAUUCUCAGCAUUGGAAAUUUGGUUUUUAUUGGAAUUUUCACAGCAGAAAUGAUUUUUAAAAUUAUUGCCAUGCAUCCAUAUGGGUAUUUCCAAGUAGGAUGGAACAUUUAUGAUAGCCUAAUUGUGUUUCAUGGUUUAGCAGAACUUUAUCUAAUGAAUAUUCAUGGAAUGGCUCUUUUUCGAUCACUCAGGGUGUUGCGAAUUUUCAAGUUGGGGAAAUUCUGGACAACAUUUAACAUGCUGAUGCUGACUCUUGGUAACUCAUUGGUGGCCCUGAAAGACUUGGUCCUGCUGUUGGUCACAUUCAUGUUCUUUUCCGCUGUGGUCGGCCUGAAGCUGUUUGGUUUGAGUUACAAAGAAUGUGUCUGCAACAUAGACAAAGACUGUCAACUCCCACACUGGCAUAUGCAUGACUUCUUCCACUCCUACCUGAAUGUGUUCCGGAUUCUCUGUGGAGAGUGGAUAGAGACUUUAUGGGAUUGUUUUAAGGUAGCAGGCCAAUUCAGUUGUAUUCCUUUUUACAUGAUGGUCAUUUUAAUUGGAAACUUAUUGAUACUUUACCUCUUUCUGGCAUUGGUGAGCUCAUUUAGUUCAUACAAGACUGCAACAACUGAAGAGAACGAUGAAGCAAAAAAUCUCCAGCAUGCAGUGGCAAGGAUUAAGAAAGGAAUAAACUAUGUGCUUUCUAGAAUAUUAUGCCAAAAACAAAAUGUUCUAAAGGAGACAAUGGACAAUGUAAAUGAUAUAUAUGUUAAAGAGAAUAUUUCUGACCAUACUCUUUCUGAAUUGAGCAACACCCAAGAUUUCCUCAAGGAGAAGGAAAAAAGCAGUGGCACAGAGAAAAACACAAUGACCGAAAAUGAGAAUCAAUCACUUAUCCCCAGUCCCAGUGCCUCAGAAACUGUACCAAUUGCUUCAGGAGAAUCUGAUAUAGAAAAUCUGGAUAAUAAGGAGGUUCAGAGCAAGUCAGGUGAUGGAAGCAGCAAAGAGAAGGUGAAGCAAUCUAGCUCAUCUGAAUGCAGUACAGUAGAUAUUGCUCUCUCUGAAGAAGAAGAAAUGGUCUAUGAAUGUGAAAAACCAAAGCAUCUUAAAAACGGUUAUGGACGAAGAUCUUCACCUGGUCAAAUCAGUAGAGAAUCUAAGAAAGGAAAAAUUUGGCAGAACAUAAGGAAAACCUGCUGCAAGAUAGUAGAAAACAGUUUUUUUAAAUGUUUCAUUGGCUUUGUCACUCUGCUCAGCACAGGUGCUCUGGCUUUUGAAGAUAUAUAUAUCGAUCAGAGAAAGACUAUUAAAAUCUUAUUAGAAUAUGCUGACAUGAUCUUCACCUACAUCUUCAUUCUGGAAAUGCUUCUAAAGUGGAUGGCGUAUGGUUUUAAAGCCUAUUUCAGUAGUGGCUGGUACAAGCUAGACUUCAUGGUUGUUAUUGUGUUUUGUCUUAGCUUAAUAGGCAAAUCUCGGGAAGAACUAAAACCACUUAUUUCCAUUAAAUUCCUUCGGGCACUCAGAGUUCUAUCUCAGUUUGAACGAAUGAAGGUGGUUGUGAGAGCUUUGAUAAAAACAACGUUACCUGCUUUGAAUGUAUUUCUGGUCUGCCUUAUGAUCUGGCUGGCUUUUAGCAUCGUAGGAGUACACUUAUUUGCUGGCACAUUCUAUGAAUGCAUUGACCCAACAAGUGGAGAAAGGUUUCCUGUAUCUGAAGUCAUGAAUAAGAGCCAAUGUGAAAGCCUUGUGUUUAAUGAAUCCAUGCCAUGGGAGAAUGCAAAACUAAACUUUGAUAAUGUUGGAAAUGGUUUCCUUUCACUGCUUCAAGUAGCAACAUUUAAUGGAUGGAUCACUAUUAUGAAUUCAGCAGUUGAUUCUAUUGGUGUAAAUAUGCAGCCUAAUUUUGAAGGCAACAUCUUCAUGUAUUGCUACUUUAUCAACUUUAUUAUCAUUGGAUUAUUUCUUCCUCUGAGUAUGCUGAUUGGUGUUAUUAUUGCUAAUUUCAACAAGCAUAAAAUAAAGCAGGGAGGCUCAAAUAUCUUUAUAACUGUAAAACAGAAGAAACAAUACCGUGCACUAAGGAAGCUGAUGUAUGAGGACUCUCAAAAACCAGUACCUCGCCCAGGAAAUAAGUUCCAAGGAUUCAUCUUUGACUUGGUAACAAAUCAAGUUUUUAAUAUCGUCAUUAUGGUUCUUAUCUGUUUCCAAGCGAUAACCAUUAUGAUACAAAGUGACGAACAGAAUCCAAAAAUGGACACUGCUCUCUACUGGAUUAAUUCAGUUUUUGUUAUGCUGUACACUGGAGAAUGUGUACUGAAGCUCAUCUCUUUCCCCUUUAACUAUUUCACCAUAGGAUGGAACAUUUUUGAUUUUAUGGUGGUCAUUUUCUCUAUUACAGGACUAUUUCUGCCUCUGAUGGUAGGACACUACCUUGUGCCUCCUUCCCUUGUGCAACUGAUACUUCUCUCACGGAUCAUCCACAUCCUGCGUCCUGGGAAAGGACCAAAGGUGUUCAAUGAUCUGCUGCUUCCUUUGAUGCUGUCUCUGCCAGCAUUGUUGAACAUUAGUCUUCUCAUCUUCCUGGUCAUGUUUGUCUAUGCCAUCUUUGGAAUGUACAAUUUUGCCUAUGUUAAAAAGGAAGCUGGAAUUAAUGAUGUGUCUAACUUUGAAAGCUUUGGCAGCAGUAUGCUCUGUCUUUUCCAAGUUACAAUAUUUGCUGGUUGGGAUGGGAUGCUCAAUGCAAUUUUCAACAGUAAAUGGUCUGACUGUGAUCCUGAUAAAAUUAACCCCGGGACCCAGGUUAGAGGAGAUUGUGGUAACCCCUUAGUUGGAAUUAUUUACUUUGUCAGUUAUAUCCUCAUAUCGUGGCUGAUCAUUGUAAACAUGUACAUUGUUGCUGUCAUGGAGUUUUUAAAUAUUGCUUCUAAAAAAAAAGCCAAGACGUUGAGUGAAGAUGAUUUUAGGAAGUUCUUUCAGGUAUGGAAGAGGUUUGAUCCCGACAUGACCCAGUACAUAGACUCUAGCAAGCUUUCAGAUUUGGCAGCCGCUCUUGAUCCUCCUCUUUUCAUGGCAAAACCAAACAAGGGCCAGCUCGUUGCCAUGGAUCUUCCCAUGGCUGUUGGGGACAGAAUUCAUUGCCUUGACAUCUUACUUGCUUUAACAAAGCGAGUUAUGGGUAAAGAUGAGAGGAUGGAGAAAUUUCUUUCAGAGAUGGAAUCAGGGUUUCUGUUAGCCAACCCUUUUAAGAUCACAUAUGAGCCAAUUACAACUACUCUGAAACGAAAACAAGAGGCAGUCUCAGCAACCAUCAUUCAGCGUGCUUAUAAAAGUUACCGUUUGAGGCAAAAUGACCAAAAUACAUCAGAUAUUCAUAUGAUAGAUGGUGACAGGGAAAUUCAAUCUACCAAAGAAGGAGCCUAUUUUGACAAAGCUGAGGGAAAGUUGACUAUUCAAAGCCAGAUCUAAUCCCACUUACCACCUUUCACCUUCUUCACAUAUCCCCAAAUUAUUAAAACUUUAAAUCAGAAAUAAAAGCAAAGAUCGG